AUGAAUCAAGUCAAACGACAAUUGAAUGAACACGUGCCAUUUGAUGAAAAAGCAAAAAAAUUGCGAAAUUUAACAUUUCAUAAGAAUGAUAUAGAAGUUACUUGUAUCGAACAUUUGUCGAAUGAAAUUUUUUAUGAAAUAUUCGAUUAUCUUGAUGGUUGUGAUAUUUUCGAUAUAUUUUCAAAACUUAAUAUACGUUUUAAACGUCUUAUUCUUUAUUCAUCAUUACCAAUUAAAAUUUAUCGUUCCAUUUCAUCUAAUCAAAUCACCGAAUAUCAUUAUCAAAAAUUUAUUAUACCACAUCGACAUCGAAUCAUUUCAUUUCAUAUCCAUGAUGAAUCAUAUAUGUCAUCUUCUUUUUCAUUACAUAUGAUCGAUGCAUCAUUUAAUCGUCUUGAAUCGCUUGUUCUCUAUAGAAUUCAAUAUAACAUUCUAAUAUUAUUUCUUCCGGAUUUAAGUACUUUACCUCGUCUUUUCUCAUUGAAAAUUGAUCUUUAUGAUGGAUUAAGAAAUUUCUCGGAACUUUAUGGCUUGAUUUUUCGUUUGCCUUUACUAAAAUAUAACAAAAUUUCAGCAUUCAGAAUAUUUUCACCUAUUUUACAACCAUAUAUAACUGAUGAAUACAGUCCUAUUGAACAUCUAGUUAUUGAUCAUGAAUGUGUCAUCCAUGAAUUAGUUACGAUUCUUUCGUGUACACCACGACUUAGCCAUUUAACUUGUAAGUGUUUAAAUUCAAAUAGUUCAAUAAAAAGAGAAAUACCAAGAAAUAUUUCCAAUUUGAGAUAUUUGUCAAUAAAUGUGUGUUAUUUACAAUUUGACGAAUUUGAAACAUUCAUUAAAAAAUCAUUUCCUCAUAUUCGAGUUUUGCGUUUUGCUUCACAUUGGGAUAGUUCUUAUCUUGAUGCUAAUCGUUGGGAACAACUAAUUUUAAAACAUAUUCCUUAUUUACGGAUAUUGAAUUUCAAAUAUAAUGAAGGUAUUUAUAAUCAAUUAACGCUUAAUCCAUAUCACUUAAAUCUUAAUCGGUUUCUUUCCCCGGUUUGGAUUCAACGGAGAUGGUUUCUUGAGCUUAAAAUUUGUAUAAACACUUUUCUACCUGCUACAAUUACAUAUUCCAUUCAACCAUUGAAAAAACAAUGGUACGAAUGGCACAAUGAGGCAAACUCAAAUGAAAUUAUUAUUUAUCCAACUUUGACUGAACAAAAAUGUAUCAAUACUUCGUUUUCACAACUUCAUCUUACUCUUGAAGGUCCACAGAGCGUCGAAUAUUAUCGAUCAGUACAAGAAUAUAUCUGUUCUAUUGCUACUUUGGUACAAUUUACUAGUUUACAUAUUGAUUUGUGUUAUUUUUCAAUUUCUAUUCUUCUUCAACUCCUGAACAUAUUACCUAAUCUUGAUUCAUUAACAAUAACAUCUGGACUUCCAGAAAAAACGAAAAUUUUAUCUAAAGAACAAAUUAAUAUGUUUCGUUCUGUAUCAUCUCAUAACAAAAUAACUAAAGUAAAUCUUGAACAAAUAACAGAACUCGAUCAAAUUCAUAUUCUUAUGGAUCUCUGUUUUCAUAUGUGUGAUCUUCAAGUAAAAUGUAGAAAUAUCUUCGAUGGGAAAUGGUUAGUACGGUAUGUUUUAAACAAAAGAAAUACAAAUUUUAUUCCAUAUUUAUGUUCAAUAUGUCUUUGGAUUUCGGAAGCAAAUAAUGAAAUGAUGAACAAUUUACAAAUAAUAAUCGAUACUGAAAAGUUAAUUGAUAAUUAUACAAUCAAACGUAUAUGUGAUAAAAUUUAUCUUCGAUGGAAUGAACAUUUGUAA